AUGGUGGAGGAUGUGCCAUGGCAGGCAUCAAUUCGGUAUGACGACAAGCACAUUUGCAGCGGUGCUAUCCUCAGCACCAAGUACAUAGUCACGAACUCGGAUUGCGCGUCAAUGAUUCCACUGUCUAACCUAAAGGUCUUCGUAGGCAUUUCCAGUCGGGUCAUGGAGUCCGGAACUGUAGCGGGGCCCGAUCUGCUGGCUAUAGCCACAUCUGCUGGCUUUACCGCCCUCCGAUGGCCAACAUUCCAAUUUCGUUCCGAUAAAUCGGCGCAUAUGCGAAAACAAAAUGUCAAGCUGUACGACGUAAAGGCAUGCAUCGCUGAACAUUAUAAUUGGAUUGUUAAAGGGUCUGGCAUCACGGAUCAGAACAUUUGCGCCGCCAAGCAGGACAAGGUCUGCUCCUUCGACAAGGGUUUUUCGCUGGUCAUCGAUGGCAAGUUAGCGGGCGUAUUGGCCCUGGACGAAUGUACUAAAAAGACCGAUGUCUUUGUCAGAUUGUUCCAUCACACCAACUGGAUAAAAGAUAAUACUAAGGACAAUUAA